AAAAGGUACGCGUGUAAAUUUGCGGGUAAUUCGGAUAAUUCCUCUACCGUUUAAAUUGGAAACUUACCGGUCAUACGCUGGGCUUGUCUGUAGUUCGCAGUACUAGUUUUUACGUGUUGGAGUGUUUGAACCUGUUCGAUGUUUGACAAGGGUCUGACGGCCCUCCCUCAACCAUGAGUCGUUUCUUCGCUACUGGUUCAGACUCGGAUUCUGAUAGCUCUUCUGAAGAGGAGCAGAUUAUUCGUCAGCCCACUGCAACUUUUACCUUCAGCGAUGAGGAAGAAGAUACUAAGCGAGUUGUCCGAUCUGCUAAGGAGAAACGUUAUGAGGAAAUUACUAAUCUCAUCAAGCAGAUCAGGAAUUAUAAGAAAAUCAAGGACAUGAGCAGCCUUCUUUCAAGCUUUGAGGAUUUGAUGCGUGCUUACACCAAGGCUUUACCUGUGAUAUCCAAAGAAGAAAAUGGUGUCACACCUCGCUUUUAUCUUCGAUGCCUUGUUGAGGUGGAGGAUUUUGUCAAUGAAGUCUGGGAAGAUAGAGAGGGGAGGAAAAACAUGUCCAAAAAUAAUUCAAAGUCUUUGACUUCACUGAGGCAAAAAAUGAGGAAGUACAACAAAGAUUUUGAAGAAGAAAUUACCAAAUUUCGUGCUAACCCAGAUCAGGCUGAUGAGGAGGAGGAAGAGGAGAAAGAUCAAGAUGAUGACUCAUCUGAUGAUGAAGAUAGCCAUCCGGUUGUGUCAAAGAAACCAAGUGUUGAACCAGUUCCUGAACCUAAGAAAAAGGCAACCGGAGGAGACGAUGAUGAUGAUGGAAGUUCUGAUUCCUACUGGGGUAGUGACUCUGAAAGCAGCUCUGAUAGUAGUGAGGAUGAGUCUCAGUACACCAGUGUUCGAGAACGGUUCUUGAAAAAAGCCACAGAUAAAGAUGAUGAUGAAAAGAAAGAGAAGAAGGACCGAAAGGAGGAUCGUAAGAAAUCUAAACCUAAAAGGAAGGAGGAGGACUCUGAUGGCGAGGGAGAGUGGGAAACAGUCAAAGGCGGAGUUGCUAUUCCCUCUGAAAAGCCAAAAAUGUUUGCUAAAGAUGCAGAAAUUAAUAUUGAUCUGGUUGUCAAGAAGUUAAAUGAAAUUGUUGCUGCUCGUGGAAAGAAACGUACCGAUCGCCGUGAACAGAUUGAGCUGCUUCACGAGCUGCUGAUUGUUUCUGAACAACACAACCUUGGCUCUGCUGUUUCUAUCAAAAUUAAGUUUGCCAUAGUGUCCUCCAUUUUUGAUUACAAUCCAAAGGUCUCUGAUGCUAUGAAGCCAGAAUAUUGGGCUAAGCUUUUGGAGCAGAUAAUUGACAUGAUGGAUAGGCUUAUUAAUGCCAAAAAUGUAAUCAUCAAUGAAAGUAUUCUGGAAGACAAUGAAAAUUAUGAGUCACCUCCUUAUCAACUUCGUGGGUGUGUUCUCACUGUAAUGGAGAGGCUUGAUGAGGAAUUUACUAAGCUCUUGAAAGAAUGUGACCCUCAUUCAAAUGAAUAUGUGGAGAGGUUAAAAGAUGAAAAACGAGUGUCGAGUAUCAUAGAUAAAGUUCAAGAAUAUCUUGAAAGUCAAACUGAUAUUGAUGCUGAGCUUUGCCGUAUCUACAUGAGAAAAAUUGAGCAUCUGUAUUACAAAUUCGACCCUCAAGUUCUCCAGCAGAAGCAAGGUUUAGUGCCUGCUGACACUGUGACAGGUGUUCAAAUCAUGGACAAACUAUGCAAGUUCAUCUAUGACAAGGAUCAAUCCGAUCGUCUUCGUACUCGUGCUAUCCUCUCUCAUGUUUACCAUCAUGCUUUACAUGAUAACUGGUUCCAAGCACGAGAUCUUAUUUUGAUGUCCCACCUUCAGGAGAACAUUCAACAUGCUGACCCUCCUACUCAGAUUCUUUACAACAGAACCAUGGCUCAUCUAGGCUUGUGUGCUUUCCGUCAUGCCAACAUCAAAGAUGCUCACAAUUGUUUAGUAGAUCUUAUGAUGACUGGUAAAAUGAAAGAGCUGCUUGCUCAAGGUUUAUUGCCAACAAGACAAAAUGAUCGCACUAAGGAACAGGAGAAGGUUGAAAAGCAGCGUCAAAUGCCAUUCCACAUGCACAUAAACUUAGAGUUGUUAGAAUGUGUUUACAUGGUGUCUGCUAUGCUCAUUGAAAUUCCCUACAUGGCUGAGCAUGAGUUUGAUGCACGUCGUCGUAUGAUUUCUAAGACAUUCUAUCAGCAAUUAAGGUCAAGUGAGAGGCAGUCACUUCUUGGGCCUCCUGAAUCAAUGCGUGAGCAUGUUGUAGCUGCCUCCAAGGCUAUGCGUAAUGGUAAUUGGUUGGCAUGCAGAAACUUUAUCAUCAAUGAGAAGAUGAAUGCAAAGGUCUGGGAUCUAUUUUACCAGGCUGAUGAUGUGCGAACAAUGUUGACAAAAUUAAUUAGAGAAGAAGCACUCAGAACCUAUCUGUUCACUUAUUCCCAUGUAUAUGACUCAAUUUCCAUGGCUACAUUGGCUACUACUUUUGAGCUUGAACCAAGUGUGGUUCAUUCUAUUAUCAGCAAAAUGAUUAUCAAUGAAGAACUUAUGGCCUCACUAGAUGAUCCUACACACACAGUUGUCAUGCAUCGUAGUGAGCCCAGUAGACUACAGUCGCUCGCUCUGCAACUCACUGACAAGGUUAAUAGCCUUGUUGACUACAAUGAGCGUGUAUUUGAAACCAAACAAGGUUUCUUCAACCGUGGUGGCAAUCAAGGCAGAGACUUCCGCGACAGGCAGAACUACGACCGCCGUGGACAAGAUUGGGGACGGCAGAGAAGAGAGCGCGGAGAGCGCGCUUAUUAAUCGUCCUAGUAUUUUCACAUCGUUUACAAUUUUUUCAUUAUUAACUGUUUUAUUGAACAUGCCACAAUUUGAAUCAGCUCUGUACAAAAAUCUUAAUUAUAGAGCAGUUAUACAUA